AUGUUCCUCUUUAACAAAAAUCAGAGGCGUCUCCUAGUCUAUUUCGCGGUUUUCUAUUCUCUUAUCCUUAUCUUUUGCCAUUUCAACUCCUCGCGCGAUCCUGGUUCCUUCUUUUUCCGACCAGAGGAGGGCUAUCGGCCGCAUUACAGCGUCAGGAGAAUUCUAGAGUCGCGGCACUUCAUAUCUCGGUUCAACCAGUCAAGCGCACAACGAAAACAAUCGCUUCAAAGUGUCACUUCAGGAGGACGCGAUCCAACUAUUUGUGCGGGUAUUGUUACCGUAAAGCGCCCCAUAGAGCAGAAUCUCGAUACGACCGUUGGCUCGCUACUCGAUGGUUUAUCGCGGGAGCAGCGCGCAAAUAUCGUGGUUCAUGUGCUCUUUGCGCUCAGCAAUGCUUCCGAUCAUCCAGAUUAUCAGCAACCAUGGGCUUCGAAUGUCAUCGAUCGCAUCCUCACCUACAAGAACUCGGGCGCCGAUGUGGACAAAAUGGAACGAUGGGAGAGGGAGAAUAUGAUAAAGGACAAAUCUCUUAUCGAUUAUCAACUCUCUCUAAAAUCCUGUUACGAGGGCACGAAGGCGCCUUGGAUUUUGUUGCUAGAGGACGACGUGGUAGCACAAAGGGAGUGGUACCGUCAUACCAUGAGAAGCCUGGAGACAAUCAAACACUGGAGGUCUCACGGGAAGAUCAAGGACUGGCUGUACCUGCGCCUCUUCUACACAGAAAAAUUCCUAGGUUGGAAUACGGAGGAGUGGCCCACUUAUCUUAUCUCAAGCCUUGCGGUUAUCUCACUCGUGGCACUGACAGGUGUCUGUGCGAGGCGACGGUCUCGGCAUAUGCAAGGGAUAUUGACGAACUCAUUCCUUGCGGUAGUCUGUCUGCUGUUUGUUCCCCUACUUAUUGGCCUAUAUUUCCUGGCAGGCCGUGUGACAGUGCAGCCCAUGCGGCCCGGCGUCCAUCUCAUGAACAGUCACGGAUGUUGCUCGCAAGCACUUCUGUUUCCUCGAGAAAAAGCGCCCUUGCUGAUCGACCAUCUGGAGAAAAUGCAAAGGACGAGACCGGAGCCCGUGGAUAGUGCCAUCGAGAUUUUGGCCGACCAGGAAGGUUUGGACCGUUGGGCCAUGUCGCCAUCGCAAAUGCAACACGUCGGUGCAGCUUCGUACAAGGAAAAUCGCAAGUCAUAUGGGUUGGAUGGGCCUUAUACCGUCAAAGGCGCGCACGGCGUGUGGAGUAUGAGCUUCGAAAAGGCGUAUCAGCCGCCGUUUGAUCCGGAUGCUUCUUGA